AGUACCCCCAAGAGUACCGUAUUCUUCCAAAUAACGCUCUGCUCGUGACCUCUGAGGCUCUGACUUCGCCGCCAUUUGUUCCCACCUGCGAAAGCUCCGUCUCCGUCUCCGUCUCCAUCUCCAUCUCCAUCUCCAUCUCCGUCUUUCUCUGUUUAUUGGCGUGUGUUUGCGUGUGCUUGUGUUACCCUACAUGCACCACCAAUGGGCAACCUCUGCGCCUGCCUCUCACCCAAGCCGGUGAACAGAAAGAAACCAGCAAAACGGAUUGCUAACCCGCCAGCAGUGUCCUCCAAUUCAAGCAACCGAUGGACCCGAAUCCGAUCGUCGCGCAAAGAAAAAUUGGACGACGCUUUAAUUCAAGAGCAAGCCCUCGCCGCUGCCACCAUCAUCUUACAACAACACAACGGUACUCUCCCGUUCGAUCGAUCUGCUUCGCUCCGGUACCCGAAUUCGGAGUCCAAGAAGAACCAGCUGCCUCGGAGUUCAAGCUCAAGGGCCCGGUCACUCACUGAUCCUCUGCUGCAGCCUCACCAGCUUGUUAAUCAGGAUAUAAAGCUUGAUGAUCUAGAAACCAACCAUUUUGUCCUUGUCCAUGGAGGUGGCUUUGGUGCUUGGUGUUGGUAUAAAACUAUAGCACUUCUAGAAGAAGGUGGUUUCAAAGUAUCUGCCAUAGACUUGACUGGUUCUGGGAUUCAUGCAUAUGAUACAAAUAACAUUACCAGUCUUUCACAAUACGUGAAGCCACUCACUGAUUUUCUUGAAAAUCUUGCCGAAGGCGAGAAGGUUAUCUUGGUGGGACAUGAUUUUGGUGGUGCAUGUAUAUCACAUGCAAUGGAGUCUUUUCCUUCUAAAAUCUCAAAGGCUGUUUUUAUUGCUGCAGCUAUGCUGACUAAUGGACAAAGUACUCUUGAUAUGUUCUCCAAACAGGCAGGUUCCAAUGAUCUAAUGCGACAAGCUCAGAUAUUUUUAUAUGCAAAUGGGAACGAUCAGCCUCCAACUGCUGUUGAUAUAGAAAGAUCAUUGUUGAUAGAUUUGCUAUUCAACCAAAGUCCUGCCAAGGAUGUUGCUUUGGCGUCUGUUUCAAUGAGGCCAAUGCCCUUUGCACCAAUUUUGGAGAAGCUCUCUCUUACUGAUAUUAAGUACGGAUCUGUGAGGCGGUUUUAUAUAGAGACUCCUGAAGACAAUGCCAUACCCAUCGCUCUCCAACAGAGCAUGAUAAACUCAAGCCCCCCAGAAUGCGUUUUUCGGAUAAAAGGCGCUGACCACUCGCCCUUUUUCUCAAAGCCUCAAGCCCUACACAAAUUAUUGGUAGAGAUCUCAAAGAUCCCCUCAAUUUAAAAGCAGUCUUGUAGCUAGAUGGCAUCUA